AAAGCUGAACAGUGAAGAAAGCUGACAGGAAGAAAAUUGAUUUGUUUGAAACAGGGUUUUGGAGAAGGACUUGGCAAAUAUCCUGGACUGACAGUAAGAUGAACAAGUGAAUCCUAGAUCAAAUCAAGCCAGAAAUUUUCCUGGAAGUAAAAUGACAAAACUGAUAGUAUCAUAUUUUAGCAAGAUCAUGACGAGUCAAGACUCACUGGAGAAGACAAUAGUACUAGGAAAAUUUGAAGGUGUUUUGAAGAAGAAAUGGUAGUGUCACUGCUUUUUCCACAGUUUUGUUCAGUAUGAGACGGCGGCAGAGGAGCUGCUGCUGCUCUCCUCAGCCUCCUUCGCCUUCCCCGCCGCUACUACCGCCACUGCCGCCACCCCCUUCUUCUUCUUCUCCUCGCCGGUGAGAGCCAGAGAAGAGAAGAUGGGCGCCGUCCUGAGGAGUCUCCUGGUCUGCGGUUUAUGCUCCCUGACGAGAGCUUCUCCACUGUUGCUAUAUGCAAAUCGACGAGAUUUACAAUUGGUGGAUGCUGCACAGAUAAAUGAGAAUGCUACAGUUGUGGUGAGUGGCUUGGAAGAUGCGGCUGCAGUGGACUUUGUCUUCAUCCAUGGCUUAAUAUACUGGAGUGAUGUAAGUGAAGAAGCCAUUAAGCGGACAGAAUUCAACAAAACAGGGAGUGUACAAAAUGUGGUUAUUUCUGGUCUUUUGUCACCUGAUGGGCUAGCUUGUGAUUGGCUGGGCGAGAAACUAUAUUGGACAGAUUCUGAAACAAACCGGAUUGAAGUUUCCAAUUUAGAUGGAACUUUGCGAAAAGUUUUAUUCUGGCAAGAAUUGGAUCAACCCAGAGCAAUUGCCUUAGAUCCUGCAAGAGGGUUCAUGUAUUGGACAGACUGGGGAGAAGUGCCAAAGAUAGAGCGUGCUGGAAUGGAUGGCACAAGCCGCUCAGUUAUAAUCAGCUCAGACAUUUAUUGGCCAAAUGGAUUAACCUUAGAUUAUGAAGAACAGAAGCUGUAUUGGGCAGAUGCUAAACUGAACUUCAUUCACCGAUCAAAUCUGGAUGGUACACAUCGGGAAGCUGUUAUUAAAGGAUCCCUUCCACAUCCCUUUGCUCUGACAUUAUUUGGGGAUACUCUGUACUGGACUGACUGGACUACUCGCUCGGUCUUGGCCUGCAACAAAUAUACUGGGGAGAAUCUACGAGAAAUACAUUCCAAUAUCUUUUCUCCUAUGGAUAUCCAUGUGUUCAGCCAACAGCGGCAGCCCAGUGCUACAAACCCAUGUGGAACCGAUAAUGGUGGUUGUUCUCACUUAUGCUUGAUGUCUCCUGUCAAGCCCUCCUAUCAGUGUGCAUGUCCCACAGGUGUUAAACUUCUUGAUAAUGAAAAGACCUGUAAAGAUGGUGCCAUUGAAUUGCUGCUAUUAGCUCGGAGGACUGACCUGAGGCGGAUAUCUUUGGACACCCCAGAUUUCACUGAUAUUGUUUUACAAUUGGAAGACAUUCGGCAUGCCAUUGCUAUUGACUAUGAUCCUGUAGAAGGUUACAUCUACUGGACAGAUGAUGAGGUGAGGGCUAUCCGGCGCUCUUUCAUUGAUGGCUCAGCUAGCCAAUUUGUUGUCCAGGCACAAAUUGCACAUCCUGAUGGUAUUGCUGUAGAUUGGAUUGCCCGAAACCUUUAUUGGACUGAUACUGGUACGGAUCGCAUUGAAGUAACAAGGCUUAAUGGGACUAUGCGGAAGAUCUUGAUCUCUGAAGACCUGGAAGAACCUAGAGCUAUUGUUUUGGAUCCUAUGGUUGGCUACAUGUAUUGGACUGAUUGGGGAGAGGUUCCAAAGAUUGAGAGGGCUGCAUUAGAUGGAUCAGACAGAACUGUACUUGUGAACACUUCACUUGGUUGGCCAAAUGGAUUGGCAUUGGAUUAUAAUGAAAACAAGAUUUACUGGGGAGAUGCCAAAACGGACAAAAUUGAGGUCAUGAACACCGAUGGAACAAGUAGGAAAGUCCUUGUGGAGGACAAGUUGCCUCACAUUUUUGGUUUCACGCUAUUGGGGGACUAUAUUUAUUGGACAGACUGGCAAAGGCGAAGCAUUGAGCGAGUCCAUAAACGGACAGCAGAAAGGGAGAUCAUCAUCGACCAGUUACCUGACCUCAUGGGUCUGAAGGCUACAAAUGUCCACCAGAUAAUUGGUACAAAUCCCUGUGCAGAGUCCAAUGGGGGUUGCAGUCACCUUUGCCUGUACAGGCCUCAGGGUUUGCGUUGUGCCUGUCCCAUUGGGUUGGAACUGAUAAGUGACAUGAAAACUUGCAUAGUUCCAGAAGCUUUCCUGCUGUUUUCCCGCAGAGCAGAUAUCAGGCGAAUCUCUCUGGAAACUAACAACAAUAAUGUUGCCAUUCCACUAACAGGAGUUAAAGAAGCUUCUGCUCUGGAUUUUGAUGUCAGUGACAAUCGCAUAUAUUGGACAGACAUCUCUUUAAAGACCAUCAGCAGAGCAUUCAUGAAUGGCAGUGCCCUGGAACAUGUGGUUGAGUUUGGCCUGGAUUAUCCAGAAGGCAUGGCUGUUGAUUGGCUAGGGAAGAACCUGUAUUGGGCUGAUACAGGAACAAAUCGCAUUGAAGUGUCAAGGUUAGAUGGGCAGCAUCGCCAAGUUCUAGUGUGGAAAGAUUUGGACAGUCCUCGGGCAUUGGCAUUGGAUCCAGCUGAAGGGUUCAUGUACUGGACAGAAUGGGGCGGAAAACCCAAAAUUGAUAGAGCUGCCAUGGAUGGUAGUGAACGUAGUACAUUGGUGCCAAAUGUGGGACGGGCUAAUGGGCUGACAAUUGAUUAUGCAAAAAGAAGAUUGUACUGGACAGAUCUGGACACUAACCUGAUUGAAUCUUCAAAUAUGCUAGGCCUUGACCGUGAUGUUAUAGCAGAUGACUUGCCUCAUCCAUUUGGCCUGACUCAGUAUCAGGAUUAUAUCUAUUGGACAGACUGGAGCCGGCGUAGCAUUGAACGUGCCAACAAGACCAGUGGCCAGAACAGAACCAUUAUUCAAAACCACUUGGAUUAUGUGAUGGAUAUUCUAGUCUUCCAUUCAUCUCGACAAGCAGGCUGGAAUGAGUGUGCUUCCAGUAAUGGGCAUUGUUCCCACCUUUGCUUGGCAGUACCUGUUAGUGGUUUUGUCUGUGGAUGUCCAGCUCACUAUUCUUUGAAUUCUGACAACAGAACAUGUAGUGCCCCUACAAGUUUUUUGCUCUUCAGUCAGAAGAAUGCAAUCAAUCGCAUGGUGAUAGAUGAGCAGCAGAGUCCAGAUAUUAUCCUUCCAAUUCACAGCCUCAGGAAUGUCCGUGCCAUUGACUAUGACCCUCUAGAUAAGCAACUAUACUGGAUUGACUCACGGCAAAAUGUUAUCAGGAAGUCACAGGAGGAUGGCAGUCAGAGUUUUACAGUUGUGAUGAGUCCAGUUCCAAAUCAGAACCUAGACAUACAGCCGUAUGAUCUGAGCAUUGACAUCUAUAGCCGUUACAUUUACUGGACCUGUGAGGCCACAAAUGUAAUCAAUGUGACACGCCUGGAUGGGAGGCUGAUGGGAGUGGUCCUAAAAGGUGAUCAGGACAGACCCAGAGCUAUUGUUGUGAAUCCAGAGAAAGGGUACAUGUAUUUCACCAAUCUGCAAGAGAGGUCUCCUCCCAAAAUAGAAAGGGCAGCAUUAGAUGGAACUGAACGUGAGGUUCUUUUUUCCAAUGGACUGAGCAAGCCUAUCGCCUUGGCAAUUGACAGCCAGUUGGGAAAGCUUUUCUGGGCUGAUUCAGACUUGCGGAGAAUCGAGAGCAGUGACCUUUCAGGUGCCAAUAGAGUAGUUUUAGAAGAUUCCAACAUACUACAACCUGUAGGCCUGACUGUAUUUGAAAACUGGCUCUACUGGAUUGAUAGGCAUCAACAGAUGAUUGAAAAAAUUGACAUGACUCGUCAAGAAGGACGUACAAAAGUUCAGGCUCGUAUUGCCCAACUCAGUGAUAUUCAUGCUGUUAAAAAACUCGACAUGCAGGAGUAUAGACAACAUCCCUGCUCCCAAGAUAAUGGUGGCUGUUCACACAUUUGUAUUGUGAAAGGGGAUGGAACCACACGUUGUUCUUGCCCAGUGCACCUUGUCCUGCUUCAGGAUGAACUUUCCUGUGGAGAACCACCAACAUGCUCCCCGCAGCACUUCACGUGUUUCACAGGAGAGAUUGACUGCAUUCCUGUAGCUUGGCGCUGUGAUGGGUUCACUGAAUGUGAAGAUGCCAGCGAUGAGAAGAACUGCCCUGUGUGCUCAGAGACCCAGUUCCAGUGUGAGAGUGGCCAGUGCAUUGACAGUGUCCUUCAGUGCAAUGGAGAGCCAAAUUGCCAGGACAGCUCGGAUGAAAAGAAGUGUGAAGUGCUUUGUUUAUCAGAUCAGUUCCGAUGUGCCAGUGGGCAAUGCAUUGGAAAAAACAAAAAAUGUGACCACAACUUAGACUGUUCGGACAACUCUGAUGAGCAGGGAUGCUACACAACUGAAGAACCAGCCCCCCAAGCAACAAAUACUAUAGGUUCUAUCAUUGGUGUGAUUCUCACAGUUUUUGUAGUUGCUGCAAUGUAUUUUGUUUGCCAGAGGGUGCUGUGCCCGCGCAUGAAAGGAGAUGGAGAAACAAUGACCAAUGACUAUGUGGUGCAUGGACCAGCUUCUGUACCUCUGGGCUAUGUUCCUCACCCAAAUUCUCUCUCUGGAUCUCUUCCUGGAAUGUCCCGUGGCAAAUCUGUAAUCAGUUCACUGAGUAUUAUGGGUGGAAGUAGCGGACCUCCAUAUGACAGGGCUCAUGUUACUGGGGCAUCAUCCAGUAGUUCUUCAAGCACCAAGGGCACAUACUUCCCUCCAAUUUUAAACCCUCCUCCAUCACCAGCUACUGAGCGUUCACAUUAUACUAUGGAAUUUGGUUAUUCUUCAAACAGCCCUUCUACUCAUCGAUCAUACAGUUACAGGCCAUACAGCUAUCGACAUUUUGCCCCUCCGACUACACCAUGCAGCACAGAUGUUUGUGAUAGCGACUAUGCCCCCAGCCGUAGAGUGAUGGCAACCAUGGGCAAGGGUUAUACCAGUGACUUGAACUAUGAUUCUGAGCCUGUACCCCCACCUCCAACACCACGCAGCCAGUACUUGUCAGCAGAAGAGAACUAUGAGAGCUGCCCACCAUCUCCGUACACCGAGCGGAGCUACUCACAUCACCUCUAUCCUCCACCCCCAUCUCCCUGCACAGACUCUUCAUGAGAGAUUCCCUCCCUCUUUUGCCUGCCUCCAGUUCACCAGUGUACAUACCAGUGGCCCCCCAUCAAGAAGAGGGAGGACAGUGUGUACAGUUAAAAUUUAUUAAAUGGGUUGGGGUGGGGAUACUGGAGAUGACUUGUACAGAAAACGGUGGGGAUAAAAUUGUUAUUUAUAUAUUUUCCUAAGAGUUUGCUGCUUUGUGCCAUAAGAAUUUUUAAAAAUUUGUAUGCAAAGGGUUUUUUUAUUUUUCCAUAUGGAACACAAGAAAAUGCCUUAAAUCAGUGAAGUGACCGAGCACAUAGGAAAAUGGAAGGACCAGGGUUUGUUGCUGUUCAAUGAGCCAAAUACCAAAAAAGAAAGAAAAGAAGGAAAGAAAGAAGCUUUUUAACAAGAAAAAGAAUGGAAGGAAUCUAUCAUGAAACACAAUGUAUGAAUACUUACAAAGAGCUGAAUAACCUCUUACAUUCUUAAUUCUGAUGUGCAACAAUUCAAAUUAAACUUGAAGAAAACUGUCAGACAGAUAAUUAAUGGUACACAAAGGGCUUUAUUUACUACAAGAAUACAGCUAUCACAUCAGUGAAAAGAGAUGCAUUUACACACUUGCAAAAAUGUACCCUUUGUUUCAUUCAAAUCAUCUGAAGUAACUUGGUUGCAUUUUGGGAUCUCUUUGCCCCUUUCUGAGAACUGCAUCAUUUUGUUGGUUCUAGUUUUGUUUAAGGCUGUGAGCUUUGUAUUUGUGGGACUGUUCAUUUGGGUCUCAAUAUUUUACUUCGCUGAGGUAGAAACAGUCACAGCUGGGACUUGUGAAUUCAUUCUGUGUUCUAUUUUGCAGGGUCAGGAAGAUCCUACAUUCAAGUAAAUGUUGGGUCUCUUGAUGUCUGUGUUACCUGUCUGUAGGGGGAGAAGCAGAAGAGAGAGUGCACAAAUCUAAGGCCUGCUCCCUGCUUGCCAGAAGUAAAAUCUGGGAGGUGGGGUGCAAGUAAAAGAUGGAAAGGCCCCUUACGAGGAUUUAAGUGUGUGUGCAUGUGAAUGUGAACGUGAAAGAAGGGGUAUUUUUUCUGCCAGUACAGUAGGAUCACAUUCUCAUACCAGGUCAGUGCUGUUCCAUGCUAAUGAUAAGGGUGAAUAUACCUGAAUAACUCCCAGCUCCUCAAAUGUUACAGUGCCCCAAAAGUCAUAUUUUUAUACCACAUAAUAUAGAUGGCAUAUUUAUGAACCAUAAAAUGUAACUUUGAAAUAUUAGUUUAAUGUAAAUGAAAUCUUAGAUCCUUGCAGUACUUUCAGUGUAUAAUAAAUAUCACAAUAUACAGUUCAUAUAUAUUAAAAUACUAGUUUUCUUUCUUAGGAAGCAUUUGCGCCUUUUUUGAGUCAGAAUGCUUUCUGUCAGAAAUACUUCUUGUGGGUGCAAUGUUCAAUAAGCCAGUUAUUGCUGUAUGACUCCAACUGCUGCUUCCUUUUCUGUGGCAAAACUUCAGUUCUUAAGCUUAAACCACUGUGAAUGCCAGUUCUGAAAUUUAUUAUUUGCCAAAGUUUUUUUUGUUAACUUUGUAUAUUUUAUGUUCUCUUGUCUAUAUCUCUCCACUGAGUUGAAAGAGAUACCAGGUUUUCAUUGAUGAGAGCCAAGUCCUUUAGCAACUGGAGUAUGCUGCCUUUUUGCUGUUUGGGCACUAAGCACCUAAGUUUUGAUGGAGACUUUCCUGGGAUUCCACUGUUGGAACCUAACUAUCAUGAAAACCUGCACAGAGAGCCUUCCUUCUGUAAUUUGUGAAAAAGUCAGUAUUAUUGCACUGAUCCACAUGGAUGUCAAGUAAUUUUAUUGCCUUCACUAAGAGUUGCUUCAUAUGUUAUGUGACAGUCAGGCAUUUAGAAGCAGUUGAAAGAUUCGUGGACAAGGCCCAUAGGACAUAAAAGCUUCACCAAAUUUUCAUAUGGUAACUAGCACACAAACAGAAAUAAUUCCUAAGAUUUAUUAAGCUUCAACCAUUGAAGAAGGCUGUACCAUUAAAGGUGGUCUAAAAUACUUUUUAAAUAAAUAAAUACUUGCUCAAAUGGAUACUCACCCCAUAUCUUGGCAAAUAUUCUGUUCCCCUGCCCAUUUCUAAUUUCCCAUUUGCAGGAAAAUUGACCCAACAUACUCAAUUCAGUUUAGAAGAAAAGCUUCUGUUAGCAUCAAUGGAAUUUGCCCCAUUUAAACGGAUGAAGGGAGAAUGUUUCAGUUAGUAAGAAGGGGAGGGUCAGCUCCUCCCUUAUGACCUUUAAUUCUUGAAUACCCCACCCCCCAUAUGGCAAUUAGGGUAAAAAAGAAACCACUAUUCUAUUUACAUAAAUGGUCACUUAGAGCUUUAAGGAAAACAUAUUUUCGGGACCCCAGCCUAUCUUGUUAGCUGUGAUUGCACCUGUAUUGCAGCAUUUGCCAAUAUUAAAUUUUGAUGGUUAUCUUCAAACACUUGGACCAACAGUAGAUACAGAGUGGACAGUUGCAGUUGUCUACACCUCUGUCCCUUGCAACUG